AGAAAACUUCCAGAAAAAAUAUUGAGGAGCAAGCCCUGAGGGAGUCUGAGAGUGAACUCCUCUGAAACUUGAAAGCAGAGAUCCCAAUUCGCAAAUACGCAGAACCCAAAAUCCGUGUCUAAAAAUGUCAACAGAGAGAGAAAGGCACGCUUCGCUGCCGUCAACAUCGCCGGAGGACAACGCACUGUUUCUGGAUAUCAUGCACGAGGCUCCGCUGUUCGGCCACCGCAAGUCGAGAAGCCUCUUCGGAAGCGUUUUCUACUUGUUCAUACUCGCCGGCUACGCUUCCGUGGCCGUUGCGGCUCCGUGGAUAUUCCAGGCCAUAGAAGAUUUGAUUCCCCAAUUGCUCUGCAGCUGCAACGUGCUUCUUCUGAUAGUCACAGGCAUUUUUCAGCAGUAUCUGGUGUACCAGGUUCAGAAAAUUCGAUUGCAGGGUUAUUAUAGUUUCAGCCAGAAGUUGAAGCAUAUUGUUCGCCUACCUUUUGCAGCUACUUCAUAUGGAACUGCUGCAUUGUUACUUGUCAUGGUCUGGAAACCUCACAUCAGUUUCCUUACUCUCCCAGCAAUAUUGAGGAGUAUUAUGGUAAUUGAAGCAAUAUGUGCCGCAUCCUUUAUGAGUGUCUAUAUUGGUUAUGUUCACCAGUAUAACUCAUUAAACUCCCAGCCUGAUGUCUUAAAGUCAUUAUAUUCUCCUCUUCAACCCUCGAGUUCUUUAGAAGGUUUGAGGUAUCAUGAUGCUGGUCGACUUUCUGAUCAGCAAAUGGCUCUGUUGCAAUAUCAGCGUGAAAACCUUCAUUUUUUGAGUGAAGAGUGUUUAUCACAGAUCCUUCGGUUACAAGAAUGCUUAAGUAAAUACGAAGGGACUAAUGAUGGGAGCACACCUCAGGUUGACCUUGCCCAUCUGUUGGCAGCUCGUGAUCAGGAAUUACGGACGCUUUCCGCUGAGAUGAAUCAGUUGCAGUCUGAGCUCAGGCUGGCUCGGUCUUUGAUAGCUGAGAGGGAUUCCGAAAUCCAGCAAGUCCGGACCACCAACAAUCAGUACGUAGAGGAAAACGAAAGAUUGAGAGCCAUUUUAGGAGAAUGGAGUACCCGAGCAGCAAAGCUUGAACGAGCACUGGAGGCGGAGCGGAUCUCCAAUCUUGAACUACAAAAGAAGAUUCCGACGCUCAGAAGUCAAUCACAAUCGUCAGCUGAACCAAUUUGGAAGAGGAAAUCUAAGAGGAGAAAUAAACAUGAAGCAUCGCACAUGUACAGAACAUUUGUGGAGAAAGAAGUCUAUCGACACCGAUUUCACGCAAAAUUGAACGAUAUCUGAGACGGGCACGCAGAAUUACUUUCGAGUA